AUGGCUAAUUCCACCUCAACUGGGAUUUUAAACACGACAGUGUCGCCCUCGACAGAAAAAGGCUCAUUCAGUUUCACAAUUAAAUUGGUCUCCACUCUUCUGUUGAUCACGACCAUAAUCCUUACGCUCCUCGGAAACUCGCUUGUCAUCCGGGCAUUUAUUGUUUUCAGGAAGCUGCAAAAUGUGACGAACUACUUCGUGGUGUCCCUUGCCGUGACGGAUAUCUUGGUUGCGUUGUUUUCAAUGCCAGUAUGGACAGUGUACCUACUAACAGGUAUUUAACAUUACAGCAAAAAUUUCUCUUUUGUAUUUAGUCAGUAGCUCAUUAUCUGGAGCGAGCAACGUCUCUGUACAUGUGUCCCGGCGUUUUCACGGACCAUUUUGUUUUUUAUGAUUUUGGCGCAAAGUUUGUAUUUUAUUUUAUUAUUAUUUUUUAAUUCAGUAUUUUUUAUUUCAUUCUUUAUUGACUACAUAAAACACAAAAUAGACAGAAGAGGAAAAAAGAAAUAAAAGUAAACAACUAACGAACAAUUUAACUAACUAACUAACUAAACAGGUUUGUGACAAUGAACAAUGAAUAAUGUAGAAUAGAUACGAAAACAGACUUAUUAAAACAUUUCCUACAAAAGACUAAGUAAAAAAAUACAAUACAAUAUAUAACUCUAACUUGAACUAAGUUAUUAUGACAAGCUAUAAUUUACCCAAGUAAUGGAAAAAAUAAUGAUAAAAUAUUUGAAAAAAUAUUGUUAGGAGAUGAACUGAACCACUUUCAUUUAAAGAAGUUUUUAGGGGCGAAUUUAGCUUAUCUUUUCAGUCCUACAGUCCCACAAACCAGUCAGCAAAACCUACAGACCUUAAAAUGCUACUUUUGCCUUUUAAUGACUUUUAGUUUGAUAUGUUACACUUUGAUUGCGCUCAUAGAUGAAGCAAUGUUUUCAUUUUCGCGGGGAAAGUGCCACAAAAUGUAUCUAACACUAAGUAAACUUUCGGGUAUAUUGGUAAUUGCUUAAAUUGGAACUAACACUGCGAUGAUCAUAUCGAUCUUUAUGUAAACAUUUGUAUUUCCGCAUGUCACAUCAACUUCAUGUUUCAUUCCUUUCACGGGUAAAGAUUCUCCCUGAAAGUAUGUGUCUUCAUGGCCUAAUUGGCAGAGCACUGCAGCGAUAGCGCAGAGGCCAUGGGUUCGAAUCCCGUUGAAGUCCCGAAAUUAUUUUCGGGUUCAUUUGCAAUUGCUUAAAUUGCAAACAUCACUGCGAGGAUCAUAUCUACGUUUAAAAAUUUGUAUUUUUCCAGUUCCCAUCAUCUUCAUAAAACUAGACCUGUCGGUGAAAAAGCCUUGACAUAGACCUAGGGUGAGAGUUGCUAACUCAGGGUUAUGGGCUCCUAAUUUAAUCAAUACAUGUUUGACGAUAUCUAGAAAUGGGUUUUCUUUAAUAUAAGGUUGAACCUGAGUUGCACCUCAAUUUGACAACACCUCUCACAAGCGACCAUCUCUCAUAAGCGACCACGAUCCAUAAUCAGUUUCAACAGUCAAAGCACUACAGUAAUUGGUACCCGGACUCGGGAUCUUAAUGACACAGGAAUUGUUACAGACAAAAGACAUUAUUUUUCCCUAGCCCUGAGAUCCCAGCAGCUGAAGUCACUUUCAGAGACAAGAGAUAAGGCGACAACAGAGUUUAGGGAGUUCACGCAACGACGUUUUUAAAUGACGCACAUCAACCACAUUCUUUGAUUUCUUGGGCUGCCAGUUUGACCAAAGUUUUGUGCAAAUCGCCACUGACUUUGACAGUGAAGACCCUUAGGUAACAAAUUUGGUAGCGUCAAGGCAUAUUAACAGGGAAAAAUGGAAAAAUUCCGGUUGACGUGGGUCGCUCAAAAACGUCUUUGUUUGAGCUCCAAUUAUCUCGUCCUCGCCCUGAGAUCCCUGCAGCUGACAUGUCUUCCACAGACAAUAGAAAGCUUAAGCAACUACGACGAAGACCACAACGACGACUUCAAAACAACAACGGGCUUAAUGAUGAAAACAACAGCUCUGCACGUGCAUCACGCUUUUAAGUACAUUUAAUGACGUCCACUGCACAACUACGACGUGAAACCUCCUAAUUUGACGUUUUAUGGAGGACGUGGACAUACGACAACGAAUUUUCCUUUUGUCGAACCUGAAUAAAAUUCUUAAGAAUUCAACCCCAGGGAAAGUUAAGUUUGAAAGAACGCAAAUUCAUUUUUUUUAACCGACGUUUUCACUGCCGUCGCCGUCGUCCUUGGUUAAGGUCCCUAAUAGAGGAAUGAAGUGGUUGGUUUCUUACAGAAACGUUGUUUGAGAGAAGCACAAAAAUUUCGCUUUAUCAGCUGAUUUGAUAAAAACAGUUGUCCACUAUUAAGCGGGUAGACUGGUUGUUUUUGAGGGAAAUGAUGUUGAUUUGGGAGCAAAAUAAAUUGCAGUAAAAAAGGUAUAAUACACGUAAACAGUUAGUCCUCUGUUGGGCUCAGAGGCACCUUGUUGUGGUUGUGGACUAUCUGGUAUUUGUCUGCUAAUUAUUUACUUCAUAUUUUGAUUUUUAACAACCCCUAAAUCAAAUAUUUUCAUAUCUCUAAAAGUUUAAACAUCCCCUCCCCAAAUUUUUAUCCAUUAAAAAACAAAAAUUGAAAAAUUUAUUGAAGUAAGGACUCCAACAUAGUUAAGUCACUUUUUGAUUGAAUGAAUUCUUGGCUAGAUAUUUAAGAAAAAGGGCCGAAAAAUAGAUAAACAAUGUUUUUAACCAGACUGCCUCCUUAAAAAAAUCGAAAGCUGACGUUUCGAACACUAGACUUUCGUUCAAAUAGGGGCUCAACUUCACAACAGGCCAGGACAAUUACGUCUAUCAUCCAUGAACUUCGUCAUUUAUAAACUGGAGUCAAUAUUGUCUCUAAAGCGAUGAUGGUGUCAAAAUAAAUUCCAACCUUUCGUAAGUCUGCUCCGGGGGAAGAGUCGGGCUUUCGUAUAACAAUGACGGGAUAUUCGUAGGAAGAUUAGAAUAAGACCCCAAGGAAUUGUGGUAUGAUGAAUUUUGCUAUUUUUAGCGGAGCUCCUUGCGCGCGCGAAGCGCGCGCGAGCGGAGCACCAUAACUAAGAUAAACUACCCAUCCGAGAAAUUUUGGUCAUGACGUCAGCGUACGUCCGUCCGUACGGACUUUCCGGGUAGUGGAAAGUAGUCCGCAUGGACUCUUGGGGUAGGGGAAAGUAGAGAUUUUUUGGCGAGAAAUCGCAUGGCGCAACGUCGCGCAAUUAUAUCGCGCAACUGGUUUUGAAAAAAGAAAUUUCAAAGCAACUUAGCAAAAAGAUUUUUCGACAGAGCCUUUAUAACUUUUUAUUACAAUUUACGAAAGCUAUUAUGUCAACAAACAACAGCAGAGAGAUUUUAGCGUGUAGAUGACAGGUUUUAAGCAGAGAGCAAAGAGAAGUUGAACGGCAGAGAGCAAGAGUCAACACGCGUAGAACAAGCGAAGACAAUCGCCAAAGAGAGCGCGUUAGAAGUAGAAGAAGAAGACAACAUUUUAGCGAAGAAAGUCGGCAAGUAGAAAGAGUCAGAGCGAGAAGAAGGAGAGAAAAUUAUAGUGAAAAACGCCGGCAAGCUUAACGAGACAGAGCUAGGAUGAACAGACAAAGGCAACGCGAAAGAGAAAUACAAAGGCAAAGAGAACGGCAGCAACAUAAUGACAUGAUGACAGAAAGUGUUGUGUUAAUGUCACUAUGGCCCCGCGUUAUUAACAUUUUGAUUUCAAACUGAUCUCGGACGCGAAAAUUCAGCCAAUCAUUUAAAAAUACAAGCAGGGAAGACAGAGGCUUUUCACUUUUCUCACCAUAGUCACGCGUUGAUCACGCUCUACGACCGUCCAAUUUUUAUGCUCUGAUUGGUCAAAAUUUGACAGGUGAGUUCAUGCAGAAAAUUUAUACAGCAUCUUGAACCUUGUUUACUAUGACAGCUGAAGCUGACAGAGUAUUUGGCAACUUGUGAUGUUUUUCACUGUCUUUUCCCACUGGAUGCUUAAAAUGAAAUACUGCUGCUAUCAACAGUCUUCUUUGAUUCAUGGCUGGUUUGUUUAUUGAAUUUUUGGUUGGGAAAUGCGCCGGUUGUAGUUGGAAAUCCGAUUUCGGAUGCAUCGUUUUCGUUUUUCACCUUGCUGGAUGCGGGGUUGAAAAGUCCCUCAAGCGAUUCUGGCCUUACUUGAUAGCUUUCAAGAGCUGCAUCUCGAAUGGUAAGCCUGAGUAAUUAUUGUAUACAGUAUAUGCUUGUUUUUUUUAUAUCUAAUUUCAUGAAGUCGAGCGCAGUUUAUGAGGCUAAUUUAUGCACGUUUGUAUUAAGAUCUGAGACAAUGAUCUGAUCUAGUAUAUAUAAGCUUACAGAGCUUUAAAAAGCCUUUAGUCGAUAUUUUCUUUCCGCAUAUAGAAUGAAAAAACGUUCCGAAAAGUAUUUAGUUAUAAUUUUGGCUGUAGAAAGAAAGCUGUGAGCGAUUUUCUUGCCUCGAGUUCAUCUCUGAAAACAGUAAACACCAGGAAGCCGGCUAAAAGCUUUAGGCUUAAGCGUAAAGACUCAGGAUUUUUAGAGACGCUUUAAUACUUGUCUUCGUGAAUGAAAAUUGUUGUCUCUGUAAAUGUUUCACCGAAUUACAUUUCUUUUAUUGAUUGUUAGUAGUCUCUUGCAAUUGCUUUGCUGUUUGUUUUCAGUCGUUCACAGACAACGCUUUAAUUGCAGGAGUACUCAAAAUGCCGCGCGUUUGCACAUCGUUAUAAAACCAUUAGAUAAAAAAAAUAAACAAUAAAUUCUUUAUUAUGUUGAAGCGUAACUCUUUUAAUGUUCACUGAAAAUUUGGCGCUUGUCAAAAGUGACAACCGGCUGGCCGUAUAGGUGAUUUUGGAAAUGUUUUGAACGGUUUUGCUAAAAGCCCACGCGUGCUUCGUACGGUUCUGAAUAUUGAAUGAGUGCAAUUUGUCUUGAAAAAUUGUGAAAUACUGCAUUUUGUCUGAGGUCUGUAUGAUAAAAACAGCGCCUCAUAUUACUGUUUCACUUAAGAUGUGAUGCGUAAAUAGUAUGAAAUGUUGGUUUACACGCUCCCAGAGUUGUUGGCAAGAUUUUUUUAAGUAGAGUUGUCGAACGCAAAAAAUUCGGCCUGAUUUGUUUUUUCCAUGAAUUCGUUUUCCAGGCCCAAUCUACUGUGAUCAAGAGCUAUUAUGGCUCUUAAAUGUGAUCGACGAUGAUUGCUAUUUUUUGGGUGUAUAUAUACCGGCUAUCAAUUCGAUGAAAGAUUUUUUUUCAGUCUAAAAUCACUUAGCCUUAGCUUUCCCUAAAAAGUCACAUAUGUGCCCUUAAGUUAACUGAUUUGUGGAUUACAAGUUUAUUGUUUGAUUUAAAUCAUUAAUUUAUUAAUGGGAGCUUCGCUUUUAGCCCUGGCUAAAUCUAUAUAUUAUUUAGGAAUUCCUUUAUGUACAACUCAAACUGAUAUCUUCAUUGAUAAAAGUAGUGUCUUUCCGUCCUGAAUAUCUUAAUUGGCACCAAAAUCUGCCUCUAGGCGAGACGACAACAAACCCGUAAUUUUCAUGAGGGAGUCACCCCCCUCCCACCACUCUGGGAGACGACCGGACAAAAUGCCAAGUUUUAGAAUUUGCUGGUUGCUGGUAAUGUGGCUUUUUAAAUACUUAAGAAUAUGAGGAUAGGGAGGAGUGGGUGAGGGAGGGAGGUUAAAAAACAGUUGAACUCACUUUUAACGGAGGGACUCCAUCUUUAAGUUGGACUGAUCGGAUUUAAGAUUGUUCAAGAAACUGCUUUGUUUUGCAGGACCGCACUGGCUGUUUUCGACGUGGUUUCACAGAAUCUGGCAGUCUAUGGAUAUCUUGUGCAGUGUUGCAUCCAUUACCCACCUUCUUCUCAUAAGCAUCGAACGUUACAUUUGCAUUUCAAGUCCGCUUACUUACCACAGCAUCGUCACGACGAGAAAAGCCCGGGUCGCCAUUUUUGUAGCGUGGCUCUUUGCGCUUGUUAUGACGAUCCUAAAACUAUUGCUCUGGGGAGGACCAACUAAGGUUUACCAGCUUACCAGUUUCGUACUGUGUUUCGCUACACCUGUCUUGGUUAUGAGCUACGCAUAUAUCAUGAUAUUCAGAGUUUCUCGCACGCAAGCCAAAAAAAUGAUCUUCAAAAUUGGCGAGAAGACUAAACGAUUCUGCCUUCCCAAGGAGCUGAAGGCUGCAAAGACGCUUGGAGUCGUAAUGGGAGCCUUUGUUUUAUGCUGGUUCCCGUUCUUCUUUCUUAACGUUUACCAUGCUUUGUGCCCGUGAGUAGAUGUUUUCUUUUCUUUCAAAUAUUUAAUGGAAUAGAAUGGUUACACGCUCGUCAGACUCCUUGAUUUGUUAUAUUUUUGCGAACUCGAAGGUGCUCAACGUUCAAUAGCAUUCCUAUCAUUUUGAUCUAAACUGGCUAAUAAAAGCGUUGCAUUAAUUUAUUCCGUCACAAUUUGUGCAAUCAGAAAGCAAAGGAUUGUGCACCGUCAGGGAGUUCCCAACGUAAACUGAAGCACUGUUGUUCUUAUCUUGAGAUUUGCCGGCUUUCACAACCAGUCUCCUUUACAGUUUAUAUGGAGAAAACCUAUCCUAGGUAGAAGGAUCAUCCCUCGCGUUCGUUAAAUUGCCAGUCUCGAUCUACAGCACUUAUGCUGCUGUUUCUCUUAGUUGGUAUGGAACGUCCUUCAGUCAAGAACCUUUACCGAAACUACGAGUACGAGGUUUGACUGAAAACUGUUUUCGUGUUCUGUAAAAAAAAAACACCCCGGAAUGCUUCAGUACAUUUUUUUUUUCACCAGAAUAGCUGGCACACAGUUACCUUUAUUGGGGGAUGUUAAUCUCUCUCCCGAUGCGGAUCGCAAAAUGGUAAAUCUUUUAACAUUUGAUAAGUUGUUUCCGUCACUACGAAAUCUUUGCUAAAACUCGUAGAUGAAUGACGACGGCUAUCCCACGGUUUUGCAGCCAAAAUGACACUGGUUCUCGCGCGAGUACUAUGCUUAGUAUUGAGAAUAUCUUGUACUCGUAGUAGUUCUUGUCUUAAAAUCUAAAGCUCUCUAAUGCAAGGAACUUAACCAACCAUUUUAUUUUACAUCGUAGCUCCUGUCCUAUAGAUGCAGGAGCUGUAAUGGUUGCUAAAGGUCUUCACUACUUCAACUCUGUUCUCAACCCGAUCAUCUACAGUCUGAUGAAUAAGCAGUUUAAGACCGCGUUCAAACAUCUCUUCUACUUGACGUACUCGAACUUGUCUGGCAGAGGUCCUGUGAUGACCAGAUUAGACGUCGAUAAGCAACUGUCAUUUACGUACUUCUCUUCCUUGAAAAGCAGAUCAUCUAUGCAAGAAAAAAGUAGAGCUGAAGAAAACAACUUGCCUCAAAGGGUAUAA